CACCAGUUGGCCUCUAGGUGGCGAAGCAGAGCAGAUCCGCUUCUGGAGGAUUGAGGCUAAGCGUCUGUAGCUAUUAGCUACCUUUCUAGCUUAUCUACCCCAGUUUGGGGUUUUACAGAUCAUUAGUUAGCUAGCGUUUCCCAUCGGUAAUUUUACCAGGCAAACAUGCAGAAAUAUGAAAAGCUGGAAAAAAUCGGAGAGGGUACUUAUGGGACCGUGUUCAAGGCUAAAAACAGAGAAACCCACGAAAUUGUGGCUCUGAAACGGGUCAGGCUGGACGACGACGACGAGGGGGUGCCAAGUUCUGCUUUGAGAGAAAUCUGUCUUCUGAAGGAAUUAAAGCAUAAAAACAUUGUCAGACUACACGAUGUACUGCACAGUGACAAGAAGUUAACCUUGGUUUUUGAAUAUUGUGAUCAGGAUUUAAAGAAAUAUUUUGACAGCUGUAAUGGGGAUCUUGAUCCUGAAACUGUAAAGUCAUUCAUGUACCAACUGCUGAAAGGCCUUGCUUUCUGUCACAGUCGAAAUGUUCUUCACAGAGAUCUGAAGCCCCAGAAUCUCCUCAUCAACCGAAAUGGGGAAUUAAAGCUCGCAGACUUUGGUUUGGCUCGAGCAUUUGGCAUUCCUGUGAGGUGUUACUCAGCAGAGGUGGUGACAUUAUGGUACCGACCACCAGAUGUGCUUUUUGGUGCUAAACUGUAUUCUACCUCUAUUGACAUGUGGUCAGCUGGAUGCAUAUUUGCAGAGCUAGCUAAUGCCGGGCGGCCUUUAUUUCCUGGCAAUGACGUUGACGACCAGCUGAAAAGAAUCUUCAGAUUGUUGGGUACACCGACGGAGGAACAGUGGCCGACAAUGACCAAACUUCCUGAUUACAAGCCAUACCCCAUGUAUCCAGCCACCACAUCACUCGUGAAUGUGGUUCCUAAACUAAGUAGCACAGGACGAGAUUUACUGCAGAACCUGUUGAAAUGUAAUCCUGUCCAGAGGAUUUCAGCAGAAGAGGCCUUGCAGCACCCAUACUUUGCUGAUUUUUGCCCACCCUAAAUGCUAAAUUGCCUCUCACUGAGCCGC